UCCUCUCUCCUCUGCCCUCUCCGGCGAACCGGCGCGCACACUCACUGUUCUUCUUCCCCGUGUUGCUUCUUUGUCCUCCAACUUCUUGGAACUUUUUGUCUCCCGGGGACAGCUGCAAAUAAAGGAGCCAGUCCUGAAGUCGUAAUUCAGCUUUGCAACUGCUGAUGCAGCAAGGGGCUGAAGCCAGGAAAUGCUGUAGGAUGCACCCAGCGCUGUAGCUGCAGCAAAGGCGUCAUCUUGGGAUGCAGUGUCAGCCUUCUUCUCUCGUCCAAGGGAAAGGCGCAAGAUAGAUGUUUAAGGAGCUGCUCAUCUGUUCUGGUGAUUCAUUUGUCUGUAACGACCUCCCACCAGUGCUUCAGAUUUAUCCAGCUUCUGACCCUCUGAAAUGCUAGGGACCAUAGAACAGGUGCCUUGGCUCUCUGCUGAACUUCAGGCAACAUCUUUGUCGUCAGUUUGUCUGUCGCAGACCUUGUAGUUGCGGUGUAUCCAUAUCCUCUGAUCUUGAGUGCCAUUUUCCAUAAUGGAUGGACAAUGGGGAAUGUUCAUUGCCAGAUAAGUGGGUUCCUGAUGGGCUUAAGUGUCAUCGGGUCCAUUUUCAACAUCACUGCAAUUGCAAUCAACCGCUACUGCUACAUCUGCCACAGCCUGCGGUAUGAUAAGCUCUUCAACCUGAAGAACACCUGCUGCUAUCUCUGUCUGACUUGGAUACUGACGGUGGUGGCGAUCGUGCCAAACUUCUUUGUUGGUUCCUUGCGGUAUGACCCCCGGAUUUACUCCUGCACCUUUGCCCAGACAGUGAGUACUUCAUACACUAUCACAGUGGUGGUGGUUCAUUUCAUUGUCCCACUGUCCAUCGUGACAUUUUGCUACCUACGGAUCUGGAUUUUGGUGAUUCAAGUCAAACACCGAGUGAGACAAGACUGCAAGCAGAAGCUCAGAGCAGCUGACAUCCGGAAUUUUUUGACUAUGUUUGUGGUUUUUGUCCUUUUUGCUGUGUGCUGGGGACCGUUAAACUUUAUUGGCCUUGCUGUUUCAAUUAAUCCUUCAAAAGUACAGCCGCACAUUCCAGAAUGGCUUUUUGUCCUGAGCUAUUUUAUGGCCUAUUUUAACAGCUGCCUCAAUGCGGUGAUCUAUGGGCUUCUUAACCAGAAUUUUCGAAAGGAGUACAAAAGGAUACUACUGACGCUCCGGGCUCCAAGGUUGCUGUUCAUUGAUGUGUCGAAGGGUGGGACAGAAGGGAUGAAAAGCAAGCCAUCUCCAGCCAUAACAAACAACAACAAUCAAGCUGAAAUACCUUUAUGAAUCAGAACUGUACUAUUUAUUCUGGGUUAUAGUUGUGUAUAUAAUAUAAAGAGCCUCCCUAUGUGUGCAUUUCUCAGCUGAUGUUGCUGGGCCCCAAACUGCCAACCACUUCUCAUACAAGGAAAGGAGUCUGCUACCUCUUUAUACUCUGCAUAUCACCAUGACUUUAAGGCUCUGGGAAGGGAUUUGCAGAAUGGAAACAACCAAAAUUUAUCUUUUUUUUUUUUUCUUAUGCCACCUUUCACCAUGUGCCUAUUUGGUUUGGUUGCUUUCGCCACAAGCAUGCCAAUACCCUCUGGAAAGGGAAGCAUUCAGGGUGCAUGGAGAAAUGCAGUAAUGCUUGAAAUGCAAGCUGCAAGAGCAGGCAAAAUGACCAUGUAUGACAGGCAGACCUUUCUGCCUUCCCUCUGAAUUCUAUUCGUUUAACAUUAACGUAACCCAGACUAUAGGGACUGAAGUGUAAACUGCAUGACUUUGUACCUUUUUGGAAAGGUUAGUAACAGUGUUAGUCAGCAGGCAUAUAUAUGGGCAUGAUGAUUUCCACUGUGUGUGUUUGUUUUCUUUUUACUUUUUCUUUUUUACCUUUUUCUGUUAAGGGUUAGCGGCUAGCCUGUACUAGAUGUGAGGCAGGCAAAAGCCAGACCUAGUGAGUGUCUGAUGCACUCGUUUUAAUUGAAUCUAUGCAGAUAUUAAGUACCCUUGCACUCUCCUUCCCAGGCCAUGAAUAAGAGUACAACACAUGACAUAAUCGAAUUGUACAAAGAUACUUGGAGCCUGAUUCUAAUUUAGACAGUAUCCUGGCGUUCAUUCCAAACAUAUUUCAGAAGUCCCUGCUACAUGAACAUCAUAAAAAAGAUGAACACAGCAAAGGCCCAUUUAUUUAAUGCAAAUGCAGACUUUUAAUAAAUAAACGGAGGAAAACUAAAUUCCAAUAGUAUUUACACUUGUAGACAAAGGCAUAAGGGGGAGGAAGCGUUCAUUCCAAACAUCUCUCCUUUUGUCUACCACACGGCAUGAAUUUGAUGGAGGGGGAAAAAAGUGGAGUGUUUUUUUUUUUUUUCCAUUUUACUCAUUUACAAAACUGUAAUUAAUUUUCACAGAGUUAGGUGAGGAAGACUGCCUGAGCAUAUCCAUGCGUCAUUUCUCGGUUAAAGCCUAAACUCUGCUAUCUUUGUCAUUGCAAACAGUGUCCAGAAGUGCUGGGUAGACCAGUGUCAUAUUAGGAACAUAAGCACAUGGGCAGAGGUAAGGCUUUUUCUUGAUUGGGGUGGAGGUGUUACUGUUUGUAAAUAUGACUUUUUUUUCCUUUAGCUUCCUUGUAAAUUCAUCUCCUUAUGGUUUUAAAUAAGUAGAUCCUGCUUUGAAGCAGACCCCUUGAAUAAAGAGGCAAAACUCCCCUAGUGCAACUCUAUGUUCAAGUCAGCAAAACUGGCUUGAUGCUGGCCUGGCAAGGCACUCGAUGGCCUCGGGGAGAGCACUAGGAGCUAUGCUAUAGAUGUCCCUCC